AUGGUGAAAGAGAAGGUGAUGAAAUGUACUUUGGACAACUUUGGAGCUGAUUGAGAGGAACCUGCUGGUCAAGAUGGUUAUUCAUUACUUUCUAGCAAGAGCUUCCUUCGCUGUUUUUUCGUGUCUGGUUAUUGUAAGAAACGGUCUGAAGAAACAAUCACUCGAUUUCUCGGGUGCCUUCGCUGCUGUUAUAGUUGGGUUUAUAUUGACUCUGAGCAACUUGUGUUUCUUCGCCUCCUGCAUAACCUUUUUCCUAACGAGCUCUAAAUUAACGAAGUUUAAAUCGGACGUGAAGGAAAAAAUCGAAGACGAUUUCAAAAAAGGAGGCCAAAGGAAUUGGAUUCAAGUCUUUUGUAAUGGUGGCAUCCCAACAUUACUGGCUCUAUUUUACAUGAUCGAUGUUGGUAUUGGCGAACAUGCGAUUGAUUAUGCAAAGGAUUUUACUGCAUCAGUGCUUUCGGUUUCUGUGCUUGGAUCAUUCGCUUGUAGCUGUGGUGACACGUGGGCCUCUGAAAUAGGAACAGUGAUGAGUUCACACGUUCCUUUGCUCAUAACAACAUUUUCAAAGGUCCCUGUUGGUACAAAUGGAGGAGUCACAAUAACAGGAACCAUAGCAAGCAUCCUUGGAGGCACAGUGAUUGGGAUUGCCUACUAUAUAACUUUACUGAUGUUAUUGACUAUCCGUAGAAUUAUAGCUGUUCCGCCUCAAUGGCCAAUUAUUUUGAUUGGUUGUUUAGGAGGCUUUUUGGGAUCAGCAUUUGACUCUUUACUAGGAGCCACUCUUCAGUACUCAGGGUAUUGUUCAGUGAAGAAAUGUGUGGUUCACAAGCCAUCCCCAACAGUUAAACACAUAUCUGGACGAGCCAUCCUGGACAAUCAUGCUGUUAACUUUGUAUCUAGUCUUCUGAUAAGUGUUGUAAUGCCUGUAAUAGGAUACUUUCUAUGGAGAGGGUUGAUGUAGAUAACAGAAUCAAAUUAGUGCUGAGUGGCAUACAGGGUCCUAAUCUAGUGAGAUAUUAUCAUCACUAUUCUUAUUUAAAGUUUGGGUCAUUAAUUAACCCUCUACACCCUAACAUUAAUAUGCAUAUUCUCCACAACUGUUCUCUAUACAUUUCCUAAGGUGCUGAUAAGGAGAAUUUUAUAAACAAUCAAGAACUUUAUUAUUUGGUGAUCAUUUCCCUAAUUCUGCUGACCUUAAAGUGUGAUUCAGGGGUGACAGAGUGGGGAGAAAUUAGAUGUUAGUCACUUAGUCUUAGGGAUCAAAAGGUGAAAGCACAAAAUUGUUAUGCAGAAAGUCAUACAUGAAGAUACAGGAACGUGCUCAUUUUCCUCUAAGCCAUGGAGUGUAAGACUUCAACAAUUAUCCAAAUGGCAAUUUCAAAUAGCAUAUUGCCUCAAAUAAGUGCCCUCGCUCUAAUAAUUGCUCCCUCCACAAAACUGCCCACCCCUUAGGCCAUAAAAUGAAACAACUGCCCCUCAGAUAGCCACCCCUCCACCCCCACUAUCUUAGAUAGUAGGGAUACAAGGAAAACCUGUUUCUAUUGCCACCUUACUAAUAAAUUUGUAAGCUUCAACUACAGCAGCAUCAAUACAAGGUAAUAGUUUCAUGAGCCUUCCCCCCUUAAAUAAGCACCCUCCUUCCAAUAUGUACACCUCCUUUCAGCUGAAAUUUGAAAUAAGCACAGAUGACAUAGGUGCUUAUCUAUAUAGCAUCCCUUUCAGCUUAGCUAGUAUUAUAUCUCAUUCAGGUCCCAUUUUAAGAGAUGUGAAGGACUCCAUAAGAGCUAGGUGUUGAAUACUUUUUCCUUUCAUAUGAAAUUUGCAAAAGAAAGGCCCCUGUGUGGACCUGUGCUUUAUACUCGUAUCUUAGAGGAGUAAUUCCAAUAAGAACAAACAGUGA